AUGUCGACCCACCGGCCUUUGUCCCCUCUGUUAGUGUUUCUGCUUUUCCAUACUACAACCCUGACACUCUUCUGUGGUGUCCAUUCCUUUACUAUAGAUUUUCCCAUGUGGAGAGUAAAUAAGAUAAUGAUAUUCCGACAGCUCAAAUUUGACAUGGCAACAGUCACCAAUCAGAUACCUCUGAAUGAAUUCGAAGUCCUUGCCCUUGAAACUCAUCUGGAUGACUGGAACCCUGCUACAGGCGCCGUGCGCAAGAAUGUAUUGAUGGAGGUAACAGAGCAUGUACAACCUCUCGCACCUCAUAUGCAUCAAUGGAAAUUGAAACAGUGGAAAUGGGUGUCUGAAUUUGUUCAUUUAUACCUGGAAUGGUUUUAUACCAAUGCUUCUGGCCGAAAGAUUAUAUACAAGGAUAUCCUUCGAGGACCUGGGGCAAUGAGUUCUGUCACUCGCAAAAGUAGCUCAAAGUGGAUGUUACAGAGGAUGUCAUGA